AUGGUUUCAACUAGGAGAUCUGGUGGAGCGGUGGAAAAUAUUGAACUAAGUUUCAAUGGUAAAGAUUUGAAAAAAGUCAUACCCAUAGCAGAGCAAAGAAGACUUCAAGAAGAGGAGGAAGGCAGUCCGACAGAUGGACUGCUGCUGGGAAGCGAGAAGUCAGAUGACGAAGAGUCAGAAGUGGAGUCAGAUAGUGACAGUGAAGUCGAUGACGAAGAUGUCGAUGACGACGAAGCGGUUAAACGAAAGACACGUACCACAAGAAGAAGAGCUACGAAUGCUCCUACUAAAGCUAAACCAACCACUCGUGGGGCAAGCGUAGCAAAGCGCAAAGCCGCGAAAACCACAGUUUCAAAAGUCAAAGCAAGUACCAAGGUCGCUUCAUCAAAAAAGACAAAGGCAAAGGCAAAGGCAACCACUAAGGCAACUCGUACUACUACCAAGACUAAUGCAACAUCUAAAAAGGAUAUUGAGCCAUCUGCUAAGAAAGCCAUUGGAACAACUAAGAAGGAGGGCACUCCAGGUCCAAAGAAACAAGAAAGAGGCAGCUCCGACGAAAGUAUACCACUUCUUGCUAAGAAGGAAACAAGAGGCAGACCUAGAAAGUAUCCCCUUGGACCCAAUGGAAGAUCAAUUGUACCUCCUCCUCUACUCAAAGACGGCGAAGUCAAGAAAAAACGUGGACGUCCACGGAAACUGCUAGCGGUAGAGAAGAGGAAGUUGGAAGGCACUGAAGACACGGUCUUGUAUACAACAAAGAAAUUCAAAUCUGGUGAUAACAUUCACGAGGUUGAUUCUGUCUCACCGGAAAGUGCCGAGUCUGAAUCCGGGGCACCACGACAAAGAAUUCCUUCGAUGCAAGGAGCCUCGAUCCAACCAAUAUCUGCUGUGGUACCACCACACCACACCAACACGUCACCAAACAUCCAUAAACACAAUAUCAAUCAUUUAUUGUCUAGUGAUUUGCCACCUGCGCAGGGGUAUUCUCAAUCCGGUUAUGGAUCAAGAACGCCAACCAUUCCAUCUUCGGCACCAUAUCCACAACAAGGGGCGCCACCACCAAGACCACUACAACCAUCCUCAUCGUCGUACAGCAGUGGAUAUAGCCCCCAAUAUCAACCAUAUCCUCAUCAGCCACCACCAUAUCUCCAACAACUGCCACCGUACCCUUAUCAACAAUACUCACAGUCGUUGCACCCUCCAUAUCCGUUGGGCAAUGGCCCAGUAAUGCUGAAUCAACCACCACCUCAAAUUCAGGGACAAUCGUUUAACCAACAAGCACCACCACCACCACCGCCACCACCACAACAACAACGUUUACCACCAAGUCGACUGCAACCAUUACCACCAGGACCACCAUCCCAAGAACCACGUGGUCGUAUCCCAAUCACUUCAAUUAUAUCUCAAAAAAUUGACACAAAGGACCUUCCGUCAUUAUUGUAUGAUGCAGAUACUACUCGGGACGACGGGGAUGAAGACGGCGAAGGGUUAGAUUAUGAGGAAGGUCACGAUGACAACGAUUCCAAGCACACUAAACGUAGGUACCAUGUCGAUCGUGAAAACAUUAAAAUCAACAAGAGAAUCAUGUCUCAAGACACUGAAGAAGUGAUCAAAAUGUUUAAGAAAUUUGACGAUGAAGUAUUGAGUAACCCUGAAGCCAGAAAACGAUUGUUAAUGUUGGGAUUCGAAACGAGAAAGAGGUACAUCACCACUUUCAAACACUAUAUUCGGUUUUGUUGUAGGAAAAAGAUUGACAAUUUUUUCGUCACUGGUGAAUUAAUGAAGGAAUUUUAUGAAGAACAAUUUGCCUUGAGUUCAUCGAGUAAACCUGUUAUUCGGUUAAGAAAAAUGGAUCCAGCCUUCUCCAAGCUACAAGAAAUUAAUUAUUUGGUGUACAAUUUGCCUAGCAAAGAAAUCCCUAAUCGUCAUGUUGCUUUGGAAUACCUAGUGUAUAAAGAAUUGGGUAAAGAGCCCGGUGAUGACCUUACUUUGGAUUAUGAAAUAGGUGGGUACGGAGGCAUUUUAAUGAAGGGUAGACGUAAAAAAAGACUUCGCAAAAGGGAUCAGCAAGAUGAUUAUACUAUUGCCAUUUAUGCGCCGGAUAGAGGAAGAAGACCAAAUCAUGGUACUGAUAUUGGCAACCAAACUCUUUUGGUCCAUCCAUCAUUGCCUCCAUUACCUUCCAUAGUUCGGGAAAAUCAAGAGCAAUUGCAAAGACAGCGAGAAUGGGAUCAACAAAGCCAACGGUUACAAGAACUGCAUCAACAAGGCUCAUAUCAACGGCAUAGUCCUAGCCUUGCUUCAACUCAACCCGUAGAGCCACCGCAUGCUUCUUCCGACUCUACAUCACCAUCAAUACCCCUUUACCCCAAGAAAAUCACCAAGAAGAACAUCGAUGAAAUUAGACGUUCAUUUGCUCAGUUAUGCACCGACAUCAAUACCUCAUUACAAAAGGCAGUUGAAGUAGAACCGGCAUUUGUUUCUGAAUUGAGUGCUAAAGUCAAUGCCCUGCUCGAUAAAUUUGACUUGGAAUUGAAUGGACCACGCCCACCACGACCACCACCGCCACAAACUACAUCAUCUGGUGUGCCCAUUUACGAUUUGAAACCAAACACAUACACUGUUUAUGAGAUUCUUGAUGAAUGGCACAAUGGCACGCCACAGGCCCCAAGUAUUGCUCAAAGGUUGGAUCAAUAUGGCGAAGAGUGGAUUCGUGAUGAGUUUGAGUACAAUACGUUUGUUGAACGUCGUAGCGUUGUUGAAUUUGUUGAACGAUUGAGCAAAGAGACUAAAGUUGAUAUUUGGGUUAUUGCUAAUGAUUGUGAUCGGUAUAUUCGUGACAAAUCAAUCUUGGAUGAAUUCAUCAGUGAAAUUGAAUUGGAUGUGGAGGACUUGUUCAAAAGGAUUUUGAGGUAUAGACAAAGGAGGGGAUAA